CCAGCUCAUAAGCCUUGGUUGACUCUUGUCCUCACGCUCGGCUUCAUCUCCUUGGGGGGUUCUAGUUGGUUUGCGAGAUGAGGACGGUGGCGGUAAUUGGCAUUGUGGCGAUGGCCUGCCUGGUGGCCGUGGCGCAGGGCGGCAACUUCUUCCAGGACGCGGAGAUCUCGUGGGGGCAGGACCGUGGCAAGAUCGUCGACGGCGGCCGCGGGCUCGACCUCACGCUCGACAGGAGCUCCGGCUCCGGCUUCCAGUCCAAGAACGAGUACCUCUUCGGCAAGAUCGACAUGCAGAUCAAGCUCGUCCCAGGCAACUCCGCUGGCACCGUCACCACCUUCUACCUGUCGUCGCAGGGGUCGACGCACGACGAGAUCGACUUCGAGUUCCUGGGCAACGUCACCGGCGAGCCGUACACGCUGCACACCAACGUGUUCACGCAGGGGCAGGGGCAGCGCGAGCAGCAGUUCCGCCUCUGGUUCGACCCCACCCAGUCCUUCCACACCUACUCCAUCAUCUGGAACCCUCAGCACGUCAUAUUCGCGGUUGACGGGACGCCGAUCAGGGACUUCAAGAACCACGAGGCGCGCGGCGUGGCGUUCCCCAAGAGCCAACCGAUGCGGGUGUACGCAAGCCUGUGGAACGCGGACGACUGGGCCACGCAGGGCGGGCGCGUCAAGGCGGACUGGAGCAAGGCCCCCUUCGUCGCCUCCUUCCGCAACUACAACGCCGACGCCUGCGUCUGGUCCAACGGCGCGCGGCGCUGCCCCGUCGGCACCAUGGAGACGGCCGCGGCGGCGGCGGGGAGGAGCGGCGGGUGGUGGAACCAGGAGCUCAGCGACAUGAGCUACCGCCGCAUGCGCUGGGUGCAGAGGAAGUUCAUGAUCUACAACUACUGCACCGACCUCAAGCGAUACCCCCAGGGCGUCCCCGCCGAGUGCAAGCUCCGUUGAGACCACACACACACGCUGAUCCGUCAUCCAUGAGAGCUACUCCACUCCACUCCACUGCAUUGAGAUCGGUCGAUGGCAAGGUGUUUGU